GAGCAGCAGUCACAUUUUGCACAGUCGUCCAUCUGAGAAGCUGAGUUUUAUGCUCACUUGAAAUGAAACAAUUAGUUACUUUUUACUGUUAGGAUGUUUUUAAUUGGGCAUCUUUUUUUUUAAUUGCCAAUUAAUCUCCAUUCUAUUUUUUUUUCCAACUCUAUCACCAGCAGCUCUAUCAAGCCUUGAUCUUCCAGCACAGGCGAGAGAUGCAUGCGGCAAGAGGUGUGUGUGUUCAGUGUGAGUGAGAAUCAGCAGGGUGUGUGUGUGUGUGUGUGAGAGAGAGAGAGAGAGAGUGUGUGUGUGUGUGUGUGCGAGUGUAUGAGGAGAGAGAGCCACGAGUCUAAGUCCCUAACAUAGAGCAUGCCUCUGCGCCCGGCAGCCGGCAAACAUGAGCCACCCAGCCCUCCACGGCAGGAGCAGCAACAGCAGCACACACACUCACACACACACAUACACACUUACACACACACCGCAAACGGCAGCCAGGGAGUCAGCACUGACAGCGGCAGCUCCCUGGAAGAGGACAGCGGCGUCUGCGUUCCCGUCGCUGCUGUUAAGGCUUUUCAUCCCUGCGCAGAGCCACGGAGCCACGGAGCGACAGCAUCCAUGGAGGAGCCGACGGGCAACACCGUCGUGAUCCGCAUUGGAAUCCCAGACCUGCAACAGACGAAAUGCAUGAAAUUCAAUGUGGACGCUCCCAUUUGGUUGUCCAAACAGCGGAUCCUGUGCACGCUCAACCAGAGCCUGAAGGAUGUACUCAACUAUGGCCUAUUCCAGCCAGCUUACAACGGCAAGGCUGGCAAGUUUCUGGAUGAAGAAAGACAGCUGAGGGAAUACCCUUUCCCAUCCAUCGCUCCUGUCCCUUAUCUAGAGUUUCGCUACAAAAGACGUGUCUACACUCAGUCCUACUUAGAUGAAAAGCAGCUGUCUAAGCUCCACACAAAGGCAAACCUGAAGAAGUUUAUGGAGUAUGUGCAGCAGAGGAACAUCGAAAAGGUCUCGCGGUUUUUGGAGAAAGGUCUGGACCCCAACUUCCAUGAUCCUGACACAGGAGAAUGCCCUCUGACACUAGCAGCACAGCUGGAGGGAUGUGCAGAGCUCAUCAAGGUGCUGAAGAGCGGUGGUGCACAUCUGGACUUCAGGACAAAAGAUGGCAUUACAUCCCUGCACAAGGCGGUGCGCAGCAAGAACCACACAGCACUCAUAACGCUGUUAGACUUGGGCGCAUCUCCUGACUAUAAGGACAGUCGGGGGCUAACUCCUCUCUACCACAGCUCCAUGGUGGGAGGAGACCCUUACUGCUGCGAGCUGCUACUGCACGAUCAUGCACAGGUCGGCUGUGUGGACGAGAACGGCUGGCAGGAGAUACACCAGGCAUGCCGCUAUGGCCAUGUGCAGCACCUGGAACAUCUGUUGUUUUAUGGGGCUGACAUGAGUGCCCAAAAUGCUUCUGGGAACACGGCCCUGCAUGUGUGUGCACUCUACAACCAGGACAGCUGUGCUCGGGUACUCCUGUUUCGGGGCGCCAACAAGGAGAUAAAGAACUACAACAGCCAGACUGCCUUUCAGGUGGCUAUUAUAGCAGGAAACUUUGAUCUGGCUGAAAUCAUAAAGGUCCACAAAGCAUCAGAUGUUGUGCCUUUCAGGGAGACGCCCUCUUACACCAACCGUCGACGUGUGACGCCAGGCGCCAUGCCCUCACCUCGAUCCUUGCUGCGCUCGGCGAGUGACAACAACCUCAACGGAGACAACGAUCACAUCCACCGCCAGGCCCCCAGAGAAUCUCGCGGUCGGCAGGGUCACUCGCCCGUCCCCUCGCUGCGCAGUCUGCCAGCUCUGGGCCAGCAGCAGGGCAGCCUUGGAGAGAGUCGUCAUGGAGAGUUCCCUGACAGCAGUCUCCAGAGUACCGGCAGCUCCAGGUCCUCUCAUUCCCGCUCACCUUCCUUACAUCACUCGCACGACGACGACAGGCCCGUGCCGAGAAGGUCCCACAGCCACGGCUACCCUCAUGGACACAGUCCCCGUGGAAGACUCAGCCCCGGGUCAGUGCAGCGAGACCCAAGCCCACCUCAUCACACCCCGCCGGCGCUGAUGGGCACACGCGGGCCCAAACGGAAACUCUACAGUGCCGUCCCGGGUCGCACCUUCAUCGUUGUCAAGCCCUACACCCCGCAGGGGGAGGGGGAGAUCCAGCUCAAUCGUGGAGAGAGGGUCAAAGACUUUGACUGUAAUGACGUAGAAGCUGUGCCGGAGGAGCAUCCUUAUGACGAGAUCGCAAUGGGUAAAUCGAAGGACGACUUUUCUACAGACUCAGAUGUGAAGGACGAUUAUCUGGACUCUGAUGCUGACACCGUGUAUAACGAAGAGGAUGAUGUUUCCAUUUUCAUUGAGGAUGAUGAAGAUGAUGUGUUGAGUAUAGGAGAAGGAGGCUUCUGGGAAGGCACUGUCAAAGGGAGGACGGGCUGGUUUCCUGCAGAUUGCGUGGAAGAAGUUCAGAUGAGGCAGUAUGACCCACGGCUAGAAACACGUGAGGACCGCACCAAGCGGCUGUUCAGACACUACACAGUUGGUUCCUAUGACAACUUCACCUCAUACAGUGAUUAUAUCAUCGAGGAGAAGAAUGCUGUCUUGCAAAAGAAAGAAAACGAGGGCUUCGGUUUUGUCCUGCGAGGAGCAAAAGCUGAGACGCCUAUUGAAGAGUUUACGCCCACCCCAGCCUUCCCGGCACUGCAGUACCUGGAGUCUGUGGAUGUGGAGGGUGUGGCCUGGAGGGCCAGCUUGAGGACAGGAGACUUUCUCAUUGAGGUAAAUGGCGUGAAUGUCGUGAAGGUUGGCCACAAGCAGGUGGUGUCGUUGAUCCGACAAGGAGGCAACCGGCUUCUGAUGAAGGUGGUGUCCGUCACGCGGAAACCAGAGUCAGAGGAAGUUGUCCGCAAGAAAGCCCCGCCUCCUCCCAAAAGAGCCCCCAGCACCACCCUCACGCUGCGCUCCAAGUCAAUGACGGCUGAGCUGGAGGAACUGGCUUCUGCUCGGAGGAGAAGAGGAGAGAGGCUAGAUGAGAUGUUGGCGUCCCAGGAGUCGAUGUUGCGUUCUCAACCCUCAGAAGCAGAUUACAGAGCAGCCACGGUCAAACAGCGGCCCACCAGCAGGAGGAUAACACCAGCAGAGAUCAGUUCACUGUUUGAGCGACAAGGGAUGACGUUACAUGGAGGUCUUCACCCAGGCAUGGAGAGAGCCCAUAUACCAUUACCCAAGGGGAUGUCCAGGACCAAGUCAUUUGGUGCCACUGAGGAGGAUCGUCUAUCAGCCUUGGCAGGUGAGCACCGUUUCCCGCGCAGUUCCUCCAUGACCGACAGCCUGCGAGAACACCCACAGCCUCAUCCCAUCCCUCCGCCUCCGCAAACAGCACCGCCUCCGCCUCCAUAUUACCUGGACACGGGACCUCCCCCGGCUUUCUGCCCACCACCUCCCCCGUCCAGGACCCAGAGUCAGGGCCACGAACCAGGAGGACGCUCCAGCUUUAAGCCCUCCUCCUUGGACCUGCCCUAUGAGGCAGCUCAACGGCAGGCCACGCAGAUAGAGAGGCAGAAAAAAGCCCGCUCCAUGAUCAUCCUCCAAGACUCUUCACAUUUACCCGUGGAACCCACGGAAAUCCCCCGUCCUUCUGCUGCUACUCCACCUGAGCGGAUAAAAAGGAAGGGCCGCGUCAUUGACAACCCCUAUGCCAAUGUGGGUCAAUUUAGCAUUGGACUGUACACACCUACCAAGCCUCAGAGGAAGAAAAGCCCCCUGGUGAAGCAACUACAGGUGGAGGAUGCACAAGAAAAAGCUAGUUUGGCCUUAGCAGCUGCCCACUCCCGAGAGAGCUCACCCUCAGGACGACACCCCCACGGUCACACGCGCACCAGCCGUGCAGACUACUACCAGCAGCAGCUGAUGGCUGAGCGCGAACGUUUGCGGGCUCAAGGAGAGGCGAUAUUUCAGGGUAAGGGCCCCUUCGCCGCCGCAAUCGCUGGAGCAGUGAAAGACAGAGAGCGACGCCUCGAGGAGCGGCGGAAAUCCACUGUCUUCCUUUCUGUGGGAACGAUGGAGGGGGCAUCCUCCGUCAGCGCUGAGGUCCCCUCUCUGAUGCAGUCUCACUCUAUAGAUGAGAGGAUACUCACCCGAGAGCUUGGCCAGCUGCCACCUCCUGCCUUGGCCUUGAGCCCCUCACCCAGCGGGACCACCUUUAUCCAUCCGCUUACAGGAAAGCCCCUGGACCCCAACUCCCCUCUGGCUCUUGCGCUGGCCGCAAGGGAGAGGGCACUGACCUCCCAGAGCCAAUCCCCAACAAGCAGCCCAGAACCACGGACUAAACAGGAGCGAGUGGGCCAGGGUGUAAUGUUCAUUGACACUCAGACCAAAGAGUCUCCACAUGGAGAAGGACCAUCCACAUCUCCUCCUUUUACACCUAAAAGCUCCAAGGCAGCGGGAUAUGGCAUUGGAUCCACCCCAGCAUCAGUGUUACUCCCUCAGCCUACCAAACCACAGUGGGCCAUGUCACCAUCAAGUGUAUCAUUCCAGCAGGAGAUGGAGGCCCGGAUAGAGGAGAGGAAAGAGGAAAAGAUGCUAGACGAUAAGAAAAGCAUGUUGAUCAGUAUUAUGGACACGUCACAGCAGAAGACGGCUGGGCUGAUCAUGGUACACGCUACCAGCAAUGGCCAGGCUGUCAGUGGGGGUCAAGAACUAGAACAGACACCGGUCCCAACAUCCAAAGAGAUGAGCAAAUCUCAACUAAGUCCAAGAACUAAGUCCCCAACUCCCACAGUCCCUCUGCCCCAGCCUCAGAGUCAGCGUGCUGCUAGCCCAGCUCAAGAGAAGGGUCUGGUUCAGGGAAGCUCGGAGGAGGACAUGGAUCCAUACACGGUGACUCUACCGCCCGCCAUGUUGUCCUCCAGUGAUGAGGAGACACGAGAGGAGCUGCGUAAGAUCGGUGUUGUUCCACCACCCGAUGAGUUCUGUAACGGACUCCUGGCUCAGGCUCAGGCAAAGGGUAUUCCACUGUCCCCAACCAAACCUAUUGUGUCUUUCCCCACCACCCCUCCAACACCAACACCAACACCUAAAACACCCUCAACCCCGACCACACCAACUGUCACCCCCACUCAGCCUCCCCAGCUCACAGCUCCACCCAGUGCUCCACCCAGCACAGCAUCUGUCUCAGGGAAACCCUCAGACCCUUUAGAGCCUCCACCAGUUUGUGAGCCUGGCUCUGCGGCUGAUUCAGGCGUGGAGGAGGCCGACACACGCAGCUCCAGCGAGCGGGAACGAGACCACCACCUUGAGACCACCAGCACUGUCUCCACGGUUUCCAGCAUGUCCACGCUGUCUUCAGAAAGCGGCGAACCUGCCGACACACACACGACACACACUUCCUAUGCCGAUGGGCAGACUUUUGUGCUCGACAAGCCGCCAGUGCCUCCGAAGCCCCGACUUAAGUCCCACAUAGGAGGCAGUAAAGGCCCCGUUACCUUCAGGGACCCUCUGCUGAAGCAGAGUUCUGACAGUGAGCUGCUAUCACAGCAACAGGCUGCUGCGCUGGCUGCGGCAGUGGCCGGUGGAGGCGGGCUGCCCCCAGGCGGUUCGGCCUCAGUCACUGGACUAGCACCCACCAAGCCGCGCUACCUCUUCCAGCGGAGGUCCAAGCUGUGGGGGGACCCAGUGGAGUCUCGUGGGCCAGGAGUGGGGCUCGGUAUUGGGAGUUUGGGAAAUCUUGGCGGGCUUGGACUAGGGCUGGGUGCAGAUGAUGGAGCAAAACCCUCCGUGAUGGGGGAGCUCAGUUCUCGACUACAGCAGCUAAAUAAAGACACAAGGUCCCUGGGAGAGGAGCCACUGGGAGCAUCGCUUGACCCUGGGAGGAAGUCUCCUGUAGCAGGUGCCAGACUUUUCAGCAGCCUAGGUGAACUCCACACCAUUUCUCAGAAGAGUUACGGCACCACCUUCACCAUUCGCCCUGGCAGCCGUUACCCCAUCACGAGACGCACCCCCAGCCCAGGCUCACCCGACCGGGGCGACCCCUUCGGACGCUAUUCGGGCUUUGGCCUUCCGGCCUCACCGACCACACCCCCGCAGACCAUCCUCAAAUCCUCCAGCCUCAGUCUUCCCCAGGAACCCAAGGAGGUCCGCUUUGUGAUGAGGAGCUCUAGCGCCCGAUCCCGCUCUCGCUCGCCGUCUCCGUCACCGUCCCACUCCCCUGGUCUGGGCUCACCGCUGCUGGCGCUCAGACCAUUUCACCAAAAGCCCCUCCACCUGUGGAACAAGUACGACGUGGGGGACUGGCUGGAGAGCAUCAACCUCGGCGAGCACAGGGCCGGCUUCCAGGAACACGAGAUUGAGGGCUCCCACCUCCCGGCGCUGACCAAGGACGACUUUGCCGAGCUGGGCGUGACACGAGUGGGCCACCGAAUGAACAUUGAACGAGCACUGAAGCAGCUGCUAGAGAGCUGACCCCCGCCCUAAAACCCUGUAAUCUCCAGUUGGUGCCACCAUCGAGAGGAAGUUGGCGGACGAGCGGAUGGACGAGAUACUGGGCUCCCAGGGAUGGGACUCCCGUACAGUGACACCCACCAUGUUGGCCCUCCUCUCCUCUCUACCUCUAACCAGGCCUCUUUAAGAAAAAAAAGCCUUUAGCGGUUCAAGUAAAGGAAGAGUUUUCGCUCCAAUCAGAAAAAAAGCUCAGUUGCCUUUCAACAAUGUUUCUACAGAGAUCAGCAACAGCAACGACGGUGAACACACAAAAUAAACAACAACGUGUCUCCUCUAUAUCUGCUGUUGUUUUUAAAGCCCAGGACUUCGGAGCCCAGGAGGGGCGGAAAGCUCCGCAAACCACAGGAGACGCCCCGCCCCUUCGCCUUGGUACCCAGACUGUGCUAUCUAUUCUAUUUGGAGAAUGUUGAACCAACACUCGUGGCUUUUUUCAUAAUCAACUAUUUUGGUUUUCCAAAGGGAAUAUGAUAUAUAUCUAGGUAUUAUAUGAUAAUAUGAUGCUAUAUGUGUCUAAUAAUAGCUUUCAGAAGAGACUAUUGUGCAAAGAAAAGGAAUCUGCACCUGUUCUUGGUUUUUAGUAUAGAGAAGCAGAGAGAAAUCUAUUCCACUAAUAGUUUACUCAUUUCUACCAAUUAUAUACUUAAUAUAUAUAUAUACAUAUAAAUAUAUAUAUAUAUUUGAAAGAAAAAAGUAUAACUAUGGACAUGAAUUUUUGUCAUACACUAUGUAUUCAUUAUGUUCAUAUUUUCUCAACUGUAGCAUGACCAGUUGCAUCAUGUCCUGAGCAUUCUUUUUAGGAUUUUCUUACGGUCUUCCUUCAUACUAAAGGGCAUCCCGAAAUGUGAGGCAGACACCCAGUUGACAACCCUUCCCCCCCCAUCCCCACAUCUUAGGCGACACAUCCCAACAAUGUGAUUGUCUCUCUCAGCAUCAGGACCACCCCAUGAGACAGGUAAUCAAUACAAGAGGCUCUUCUUACCUGUUGAUCCGCUUAGAGAUGGAAGUUUGGAGCAGCAGACACACUUAAAUAAUUACCAUUUAGUCACAAGAGGAUAAUUGUCAUAAUUGUAGUCCUCAAAGUUUUUAGAUUUACUCUCGGUUCACCGUGUGGUCAAGAUGGCAGCAGGGAGUUAAAUACAUGUUCAAAUGAUUUAUUAUGAAUGUAUUAAAGUACAACGUUUCUUAAAAUGGGUUAGGGUUACUUAGUACUUAAAUGUUGUACCGUAAUAUGAUUUUUUUUCUUAUAAAAACUUUAUUCUUGUCCAAUUGCGCAUUUUUUCCUCAGAGUUAUAGCUCUAAUACUACUUGGUUAAAAGUCAAAACAGUGUUACUUUUUUUUCCAUUUUAAAGCAAGAUUGCUUUUGAUUCCAGUCUUGUUCACACAUAUUUCAGUAAUGUGGUCAGGACCCAAGUUUAAAAACAAAUGUAAAAUAGUGAAAUGGUGUACGGGCUACACGUUGAUCUGGUUCACUCAUCCCCAUAUUCACUCCCCCCACCAGUUAUUAAUGAUAACGUCCACCCUGCACAAAUGAAAUGAAUAAUACAGCAUUGAAUAGGGUAAAUGGAGCAAAACCCGCAUGCUGUAGAGUAGCGCAAGUGCAGAGGAGCUCUUUAACAAGCGCCAGUGAAAUUUCCAUCAUUGAGAUCUCUGCUGCUCCUCACUCCAGGCAAGGUAAGCCCUGCUGUUUGUUGGCGCAGAGGAGGUAAACAUUUAAAGAUUUGAUAGAAGUUUCAAGUGUUCAAAUGAGCCAAAUGCUGCUGUGAAAGGCCUCAAGCAAGGGAAUGUGUGUCACAUGUGGGGAUGAGAGCGUCUCUGUGAGGUCUUCAUUCAUUACAACCUGUCUUGAAGAGCCGCUACUAUUGACCGAGUAAGCAAAACAAUGUUAAACUGUGAAGAUGAACAAGAGGCAGGCCGCGCAAUGAGGCAAGGUUACAAUCAUGGAUAGGAACAGUGAGUCGUGUCGGCACAACACACUAAACCGUCUAAAACAGGCUGCUUGGAAGAACAGUGCUCACUGUGACUUCUUUUGUUCCACACUCAUUUUAUUCCAACGUCUUUGUUGCUCUUUUUGACACUGUGGGUAGAUUUUUGUAGUGUGUGAAACAUACCGUCACGACAAAAAAAAGACAAAAGACAUGUCCUGUCCAUUCUAAACAUACUUGUAAAAAAAUAUAUUUGCUAUUUUAAAUCACAAGCAAUGUAUAUACGAUAGAUUUCCUAUAAAUUUUUGGAAAACAACUAUAUAUAGAUAUACAAAGUAUAUAUGAAUGUUUGGCAUACAGUAUAUGCAUAGUUAACCACCUGUGGAAAAAGGUGAGCAGAUUUUAUUCUUUCUAUGACCUUUUCAACUAUGAACUAUGAACUCAACUAUAGGGGAUGAUUUGCACAAAACAAGGUGACACGGUGCUAACAUAGAAGCCACCCAUCGUCCAAGCGCAUGCGUGCAUCUGGAUUCCCCCAGCCCCACCCAAAACUUUGUGUGCAAGAGUGUGUGUGUGUCUCCUUUUGUGUAAUGUUUGAUGAGGGCAGACAAUGUCAGUGCACACGUUUGGUUGCUAGUUUACAUUAUCUAUAGAAUUUGUCCACUAUAGCCUUACUGUAUGACCAUCAGAGAUCCCUGCUAGUGGCUGUGUCACGCCCUGAUGUCAUGUAGUUGUCAUGACAUGAUUGGUUGCAAAAGACAUCGGGAUUACAAUUACGACAUUAUGUGGACAGAAGUUAUACAGUGCAUUUAUCUGCCUUUGCUUUUUACACAGAAACCAGCUAAGCAGGAUAUGGCAGCACCUGUGUGCGCUUUCACACAUAAACGAUAGCCGAGUGUCGACGUCGCGCAAGGUGUGGCGUGACGUAUAAAGUACUCGUCGCACAUGCAGUGUCGUUUAGGCAGUAUAUGAAGGGCUGACAAAACUAGGAGAUUUUGGGGUAUCUGGCUGAUGUUCUACUUUAUACCAAGGUUUGCAUUGCAAUGAAGUAGGGUUGAGGUCAGGGCUCUUAAGUUCUUCCACACCAGAGCUUAUAGAUGUUGCUUUGUGCAGUGUUACACAAACAAAAAAAUGUUGGAAGCAUAGAAAUGUCCAAAAAGCGGAAGCUAUCCGUCUAGCCUAGCCUUGAUUAAAGUCCUCUUUCACACUGCUUGUAACAGCUGGCAUUUUUCUGCCUUUUUCCAUGUGAUCAAGGAGUGGGGGUGAUGAGUUGACCUGGCAAUUUUCCACUUUCCGAGGUAGCAUCAGAGGCGGGGCGUUGCCUGUGUCUUAAGGUUAUUCCAUUUAACACCCUCAUUCUCAACUCUCCCACCCUGUUGUGUUGAAAGCAAUUGUCACUGACAAGUAUUUUGUACGUCACGUAUCUUGUUGGAUGUUGUCACUGUGUGAAAGCGCACACAAUGAGCAAAAAAAGGUCCAGGUGAAUAAAUGGCAGGCUCCGAUGCAGCUAUUUAGCGGGAUCUCUAUGUGACACCUUAAGUCCAUGUGGUGUACCUUUGUGCAUUGAAGGAAAAACAGUAUAUUGUGCGUUUGAAACAUAAUUCACCUUAUUGCUGUUCACUGCGUAGUUCCCCCUUUACCCAAAUCAACUACCCCAUUUUUUUGUCUUUUUCUCUUUUAAGACCUCCAAUUUGAGUUGCUCUAAUAUGGGACAAACAUAAAAUGAAAACGUGCCAAAAAAACAAUAACUGUUUAUUUGUCUUUAAGACUAUCUUAGUUGCAGCAUUUUGAGCUGUUACAGACUCAAUAAUAUGGUGCCAUCUCCUGAAAAUCUUGAGAACUGCAGACAUUUGAUAGCUCACUCACUUGUUUCCCAUCAGAGGACCUCCAGUCAUUAGUCUCACUUUAGUACAGACAAGGCAGGCUUUAGAUCAGUGGUUCUCAACUGGUUUGGCGGCGGGACACACCGUCACUCCUCAGUGACAAGGGGCGACCCAAGUUGCGGACAUUUUUCAACUCAACUUCUCAAAUAGCUUAUAUUUCGAGACUGUUUCCAACAGUUAUGUUGCAUUCAUGGACAUCGGCUCAUCACAGUAUUAUUUUAUUGCCAAGGCAAAGACCCGCGACCUACCAGUGGAGAAUCACUGCUGUUUUACAUUUCUAUUUGAAUUCAUAUGGCUUUAUUUGCAGUUUAUGUUCCAUCUAAGUGAAACUUUUAGAGGUUUGAGUUACCGACAAGAUUGUUUCAUACCACAAACACACUCGUGACCUGAUGCUUGACACAUCAUUUGGGCUAAUCAGUUCAGUGAAAGGUUAUCGUUUGCUGCUUUUCCGAUCAACAAAGCACAAUCUACAUCGUGAGAGAGGGGGUGUUAACUUUUUAAAAACAUCCCCUGAUUUUAUCAUAGAAGGGUUUUCAUUUUUCUUUCAUUGUUGUUUUUUUUUUCCUCUCUCCUUGUUUGCACUGUGAAGUUUUGAAUGGUUGACGUAUCGCUGCAACAUCUCAGCCUUGACUUGCUGGUCAGCUGAACUGAACACAUCAUCACCAUCACCCCCUGAAGCUACAAUACAAAUAAUCAGACUUAACUUAGCAUCACUCAUGCUAACACAGCAAGGGAGGGUGCUACAAGUCUGAGAUGUUGCUCGAUAUAUGGCCGCCACAGAGAUACGUUUGUUAUAUUAUGUAACACAUUUAUAAUUAAAACCUGAACUGCUAA